GCAGGAGACAGCUUUAAGGGUCUCCCGCCCAUAAAGGAAAGCCAUCUUGGACGCGCAAUCCUGUCUGCUUCCUCGGGCCGGGGGAGCUGUGCUCACACCUUCCAUGUUUUUGAACAGCAACGGAGCCAUGCCUUCCGAUCGGACACCGCUUCUCGCGGACCCGCGCCGGUCAAUAGACUCAGCGGGGUCCGACCGCCUCGCCGAGCGAGAAGACAACCUGAUCCGUGGCUCCUCACCAGAACCUCAGCCGUGGGCGUACCGGAUCCGCGAGGUCGUGCUCUUUGUCUGGGCGCUCCUGGCUACCGCCAUCAUCAUCGUGCUGGCAGUAUGGUUUCAGCACAACCAGCAGACCGGGCAGUUUGCGAAGCCUCCCGGCAAGCGGAACCUGAUAUUCAUGGUGUCGGACGGGAUGGGGCCUGCGUCGCUGUCCCUAACGAGAUCUUACAGGCAGCUGGUCGAGGGCCUCGAUUACGACGACACUCUGACGCUGGACAAGCACUUCUGGGGCACGAGUCGGACACGGUCGAGCAACAAGCUGGUCACGGACUCGGCGGCCGGGGCCACGGCGUUCUCUUGUGGCAAGAAGAGCUACAAUGGAGCCAUUUCGAUACUGCCGGACUCCUCACCCUGUGGUUCUGUCCUGGAGGCCGCGAAGAAGGAUGGAUACCAUACGGGACUAGUGGUUACAACAGACAUUACUGACGCGACACCAGCUUGCUUCGCCAGCCACGUCGACGUCAGGGAGAAGGAGAACGAAAUCGCCCUCCAGGAAAUCGGCGAGGGCGUCCUCGGGAGAGUCGUUGAUUUGAUACUCGGAGGGGGACGGUGCCACUUCCUCCCAAACACGACGGACGGCAGUUGUCGGCUGGAUGACAUAGAUGUUGCGGGCAUUGCCCAGGAGAAGCAUGGGUGGACGUAUUACGAUGACCGCGCUGGCUUCGACAGUCUCCAGGGCGGCGAGAAUGCGUCUUUGCCUGUACUGGGUCUGUUCGCCAGCGCCGAUGUGCCCUUCGAAAUCGACCGCAAGAACAUGGCCGACAUCUAUCCAAGCUUGAGUGAGAUGGCGGAGACUGCAUUGAAGGCGCUAACGAAAGCCACCGAAGACAGCGACAAGGGCUUUUUCUUGAUGAUCGAGGGUAGCCGGAUAGACCAUGCAGCACACAUCAAUGACCCGGCGUCGCACGUCAGGGAGGUCCUCGAGUACGACAAGACCUUUAAGCUUGUUUUGGAUUAUCUCGAGAACAGCAAGACGGAAGGCCUACUUGUGGCUACCAGUGAUCACGAGACUGGUGGCCUGGCGACCGCAUGGCAAUCGCCUACUGCAGAGCUACCAGUAUACAACUGGUACCCUACCGUUCUAGCAAAAGCCAACGCUUCUGCACAGCUACUAGCCCACAAGCUGCACGAACACAUCAGCUCCGUCGGAUCGGACCCCGCGGCUCUCAAAGAUCUGGAGGACUGGAUCAACACCAAGCUCGUGAUCCCAGGCCUGGGCAUCGCCGACGCCCGCGACUUCGAGCUCAAGGAGCUGGCGUCGGACCCGGAGCAUGCGAUAUACACCUUCUCGCGAAUGAUCAGCCAGCGCGCGAGGAUCGGUUGGUCGACUCACGGCCACUCGGCCGUCGACGUGAACAUCUACAGUUCCGGCGGGCCCCUGGCCGAGGACCUCCACGGCAACGUCGAGAACACGCAGGUCGGGCAGUUCCUUAGGAAGUUCCUCGAUGUUGAUGUGGACAAGAUCACGGAUGAGCUGAGAGACAAGAUGGUGUGGAACCAGUCCUUGGCCGUUUCGGCUGGCUCGACCAUCAGCACGGGUUACGAGGAUGAAGAGCUCAUGAUGGAAUGGAUCGACUGAUCUCGGCGCGUGGUCGCGUACUCUUUCCUUUUGGUUUAUGUUCUAAUAUCUACUUGGGUUUUUCCUUCCUCUUUUUAGUGACUGACCAGGCUAGUCUUUUCCCGUUGUGCAUGAAAGCAUGGAGGAGUCAGCAUAUGUGGGCGACACUUGGACAGGUGUAAUUGCAUUGUACCGGCUGAGAGAAGGGGUCCUUGUUGUUUUCAUUGCACUUUUUAAUCUUAAGCUGAGACCGAACAAUCAGAUACCCCCUUAUUUUACUAGUAAGCGGGUUUUGCUCCGGA